AUGAAGCGUGGCGGUGAACCCGGCUGGUCUCAAUUAGAAAAAUCCAGAUUAGAAGAUAGUUCAAAAAACUCCAUCCUGAGUUGCCCGAAUUGCCUUUUUGAAAACGAGUUAGAUAGAGAAAAAAAGGAAACAGACAAACUUAGGUUAGAAGCUAUUAAAAAGCAAAUUUUACAAAAAUUAGGUUUGCGGCAAAAACCGAACGUGACGCAUAGUCUUCCAAAGGAGGUUAUAUUGGAAACGUUGUACAGAGCUGAGGAUGAGGAUAGUGAUUUUUUAAGGAAUUUUGAUAGAGAUGACAAGUUUUCUACAACUAGCGCUAGGAAUAAUAUCAUGGAAACUGUUGAUGCGGACGACUUUUAUGGAAGGACUUCGGAGAUCAUCUCGUUCGCUGAAGAAGGUGAGUCCUAA